CGAUCCGCGCGCUCACGUUCGACGCUCGUGUUACAAGCUGAGAAGACGCACGACCAGCACAGAAUCCGAAGCGAUGCCUUCCAGUGCGCGGCCGUCCCAGGAGAGGAGAGCCGUGGACGACGAAAGGCCCGUCGAGGAGAGUCCCGAGUUCUCCAUCCUCGCUAUCCGAACUCUGUUCGCGGUGGUGUGGAUCGCCAUCACGGCCGUCGUGACCUUCACGACGGAGAAAGACCACAGCGCCCCCGUGUCGUACCCGAACUGUGGGCCGUUGCAGGGUGUCGACGAGGUGUUCGAAGAGCGGAGGCUGCACGUUUACUACGGCGUUCCUUUCAUGCGACCCGCGCUGCUCCACAACCGGUUCGAGAGGCUCUCGAUCCUGCAGCGACCCUGGCCAUUCCUGCUAGACGCCAGGAACCAGCGCAGCUCUUGCCCGCAGCCGUCAAUCAACGUCGGCAAGAUGACCCUGUACAACACGAACAGCACCGAGGACUGCCUUUACCUCAACAUAUACCUACCCGCGCGAAAGGUGUCGGAAAGCAUUCCCAAAUAUCCUAUCAUCGUGUUUAUCUAUGGAGGCGGCUACUACUCAGGCGGCAACUCGUUCCCUUUCUACAGCGGCAAGUACCUGGCCGCGCACGGGAACACCAUGGUCGUGGUACCCAACUACCGCCUGGGAGUGUUCGGCUUCCUGCGGUCGUCCAUUCUCGGCUUAAAGGGAAACCAAGGCCUGCAGGACGUGUACGCGGCAUUGCUCUGGGUCAAAAGCAAUGCUGCCGCCUUCGGCGGCGACGUUCACCGCGUCACGGUCAUGGGCCACCAGGUCGGAGCAGCUAUGAUCGGUCUGCUCCACUCCUUAAACGGAGCCUCUGAGCUCUUUCACCGCGUCGUCAUGAUGAGCGGGUCGCCUUACAUGCGCCACUGGAAGGAAGACGGCAAGGCCAAGGCACGCGAGCAAGAGCAGCUCAUGCAAAAGCUGGGCUGCCGGGUAGACCCAAAGGCUCUCCUCGACUGCCUGCGUAGCACGACGGCCAAAUCCGUGCUCGACUUCGCCACCAAGCUGAAAAACUGGAAGACGAUGUUCAUGCCCAACGAGUACGAGGACAUCCGCGACGACGCCAGCGUCGAUCUGAAAGCCACGGCCGUUUCCAGGGACCUCAUCAUCGGCACGACGAUAAAUGAGGGCUCGUACUACGCCAACCUGUUUCUCGAAAUGUUCUCCAAGUACGACGCCUCCAAGCUCACCCGAGUCGAGGCUAUCAAGUAUCUCCAGAACGUCACCGCGGGUCUGGGCUUCCACGGAUACAAUGACUUGGUCUACUACUACGACCAGAAGUACAAGGACCACAGCGCGGAUAUCUUAUUCGCGAACGCCAUCGGCGACAUAGUGGUCAACUGCCCCAUGAAACAGUUCGCCCAGGACAUGACCAGCGUGAACACCAAGGUGUUCAUGUACGUCUUCAAGCACAAGCCCUCGUACUCGACUAGCCGCCUGGAAGGAGCGGCUCAUCUCGACGACGUCUUUAUUUCGCUUGGCCACGCUCUCAACGCGCCAGCCAUGAACGUGAGCGAGGUUGAGAAGGAGCUGAGCAGGGAAAUGCUCCGGAUGUGGGCCCGCUUCGCUGCAAAUGGGGAUCCCGUCUCGCUGCGCAACGUGACGUGGCCGCAGUUCACGAAGGGCGAAGGAGUCUAUCUCAACAUCGGCCCCGAACCGACGCUGGCCAGCAGGUACAUGGAGGGCGACUGCGACAUGGUGGCGCGUGCUCUCUUCAACUAA